UCUACUCCAUCAGGAACACCAUCUGAGUGCUGGGUGAUGUUGUAAUGUUGUUUGCACUGUUUACCCUCAGGUGAUGGAGUGUGGCGUACGAUAAAUGCACCAGAACGCCCAGCACAGCGACACCUGCUGGCCUCAGUGGGGAGGUCACCUCCCAGAUUAGCUUCCAUGAUGCAUCAUGGGAAGUCCCCCCCAUCCUGACGUCAGCAGGUUUGGAAAUGCAGUUUGUUUGUAGCCGACUACGAACGUUAAACUUUGAAUAUUCUGUGCAACGAUCCAAAAGCCUUUUAAAAAAUCCCAACAGUGCCGAUCUCACGAAGAUCAUUCAAGACACACGUGUGUCUGUGAGGGUUUGAAAAGGACAGGAGCCAAUGAAGGGAAGCCAAAACAGGAGAAAUCUGCUCUCUCUUUCUAGUCCCUGUCAGGACUCUCAGUGCAGCAUUUUGGAUUAACUGAAGGCUUUUCAGGGAGUUUUUAGGACAUCCUGAUAAUAAUGAAUUACAGUAGUCCAGCCUGAAAGUAAUGAAUGCAUGAACUAGUUUUUCAGCGUCACUCUGAGACAGGAUAUUUCUAAUUUUAGAGAUGUUGGUCACAUGAGAGGAAUGUGUGGGUGACAGAACAAAUUAACCUUCUCAAGUUUGGAAAACUGUGUCCAUGAGGACUCCAGCAUCACCACGUCUCACCUGCUGGUGAGGACCCGCCUCUGCCUUCGUGCAGACCAACCACUGCACAGCGUUACUGACAGGAGGAUCGUUUACAUGGUGGACACAAUCCGAGUGCUGCAUCUGCCAAUCAGCAGUGAUUUUCUCUGUGUAGCCCCUCCCACAGACACAGCUAUGCGCCAGUUCUCACCUGACCCAAUGCAGCACUGACAGCGUGUCAUUGGUGACCAUUUAAGCCAAUCAGCUGCCAGAUGAAACUGAGGAAGUGAAAUUAUUAAUGAGCCCUGAAUGACUCCGGACAGCUAGCAAAGAGCCAGCUAAACAACAACAGCUAACAACAGUUUGGCUCGACUGUCCUAAAAAUCACACUUUGCCUCAGAUAAACAGUUUGAUUCCAUCCUCACAUCAAACAUAGUUAGAUCCACUUCAGAGACAGUUUCAGUAACAGCAGCUAAUAGAGGCUAACAGAAGCUAACAGCAGCUAAUAGAGGCUAACAGAAGCUAACAGCAGUGCAUAUUGACAGAAAGUUCAGCAUAUUUUCAACAGCUCGUCUCAGUAUCACUGUCAUCAGACAGAAGUGAGUUUCACUCACUCACUGACUCCUCCAAAGUAAAUACAGGUGGACACCAGCUGACACCAGUGAUCUGACAGCUUACACUACAGAUGAAUGUUUUUUUGGCUGACUUCAGGGGUAAAAAUGUUAAAUCCUGCAAAAUACUUGACACAUAUCCGUUUCUUAUUUCUGAUUUACUGCUAAAUAUUGAUAUUAUUCAAAUAUGUUAAAAUGUAAUGUGAAUAAAAUGUUUUUAUAUAUAAACAGUAGUAGAAGGCCAGGCAUGGCCAUUACAAGGUUUGAAGCCUAACAGUUAGAAACAAACAAAUAAUGGUGCAGUAACAUCUACUGUUGAUGUGAUCAUCACCAUGAAUCCAGGGCGCUUCUGUCUGGUGACCUCGGUAUAUCAAUGUCGAAAUAGUGGUAAAACUGUGGGAGGAGCCACAGGAGUUCAGGGUCAGAUCUGAGACCCCUUAGGAAGGACUUUCAUUAGACGUCAAAGAACUUCUGUCCACGAGCUCAGGCAGGAGACCCCGAGUGAGACCAGAACCUGCUGGUCUGGUCUGGGAAUGCCUCAGAAGUCUGGAAUACUGCUCAGCCUGCAGGUGACCUGACUUUGAUGGAUGGACAUGUUUUUACAAGCAAACACUUCUGAUGAGCGCUGGGGUCAGAGUGCAGCUUGUUUUUGUAACAUUUUUUAUUGUUGGCAAGAGUGUUAAUAAAAAAAUCAUUAAUCAUGAAACAGAAACACGAGAACACAAAGAGAAGAAGAGCGUUUGAUCAGGUCUAAAUGACCUGUUCAAGUUCAAUAAGGAGAAAGAGGUGAACAUGUUUCAGUAAAACGACCCUGAUGGUUUCCAUCACAGGCACGAACGUCAGGCUCAUAUCGGGCUUCCUUCUUCAGCGAAUUCUGCUCAGCCCGGACGUAAGUGAAGGAGGAAGAAACCACAGUGACAUCAGAAACAGUUUGGCACCCGCACUUCCCGUCUCAUUACAUCACACCGUUUCCUUAAACUCAGAGGAAAUACACCAGACAAGCCUUUUAUGGAAAUGUAAGGUCGGUUAAGUUCACUGAGCAAAACCAUGACAGCAGGUCAUCGGUGAUGAAGCAGAAUUCAAACAAACACGAAGAAGCUCGGAAAACAAACCUCAAACAUCUGAAGACGAAUCAAACUGAAACUUCAGGCAAGGCAUGCAGUCAAUGAACCAAAACCAGAACGCUGUGUGUGUGUGUGUGUGUGUGUGUGUGUGUGUGACUGGGUGGGGUCUGAAUAAAAGUGUGUCCUGUCAGAUAUCACAGACCACUUCUCUCCAGCUCACCCUCCAUGAUCAUGCAGACACAGACAAACAGCCGAAACUAUACCGAACAUUUCAUAGAGGGUCAGCAUGUGCGGCUGAAUGAUUUAAGAAGUAUAGCUGAGCGUCAGGGUUUGGAGAACCAGUACCUCUACAAAGAAGACGUCCCUGAAUACCCCCGACCUGAGUUCUAUGUGUCUCACCUGAAACAUGACACAGAGCGCAGGGGGCUACGUGGGAUCUGGAAGGACAGAGGCUUCAAGGAUCAUCGUGGAUGGUCCUCGGAUCCUCGCCAUCUCUCCCUGGUGUGGUGGAGUCUGGCUGUGGGACCUGAGGAGAUCCAAGCGGCCGAGACGAGGCUCCUGGAGGAGACCUACCCGGACCGGAUGGAGGAGCAGGCUGCAGAGCAGGAGAGCUUCCUCUGGAAGUUUGCUUCCUCUCCAGCCUUCAAGAGGAGGUCAAGACUGGGCUCAUACCGCUUCAGGUUCCCUCUGGAGGAGGUGCUGACGGCCUACAGCGAGCAGUUUUGCUCCGGAGCUCCGCCCAUCAUGAGGGUGUUCAAGACCUCGCUGUACAAACAGGAAGUGCAGUACUCUGUGCUGGUCCACAGCCCGGCCAAUCAGCGGUUCUUCUCAAGGUUUCCUUUGCUCCCUGAUGAUGACCCGGACGCCGUCUGCACUUAUAGAGACGGACGCUUCAUCUGGAGACCGGAGGCCAUGUGUAAGACACACAGCUACGAGUUGAUCCGAGGACCUGACGAGAACCAGAUGGACGCUUGGGGACCGAUGAGGCACCCGGAGUUUUAUGUGUGGGAUCACGUCGCCGUCGCCCUGCACAUGGAGAACAGACAGGUGCUGAGGUUUGAUCCUGAUCAGCUGAGAGAAAACCUGAGGUUCUGCUGGCGGGACAACAGGACAAUCAUACCCCAAACACACUUUGAUCACUUCUGCAGAGCCCACUCCCUCCUUAGACGCCUGUGGCCCAGAUACUCCCGGCUGGAGAAGGAGCCCCCGCUCCCGCCUACCUGAGGCAAUGAAUCCACAUUUCUCCUUACAGCUGCCUCGAGUGGACACUAGGAGAACUGCAGUCUUGCAUUAAUGUGUGUUUUUUUUUUUGUUUUCUUAUAUGUGAAUUAAAAAUACUUCAGUAAAAGUAAAAA